AUGUCCCAGUCCAAAGACAAGGUCUUGGCCGAUAUUCGCGGUAAGAUUGAAAGAGAAAACAAACUCAUCCAGGGUUUUCAGGCAGUGAGGAAGAAUACAUCCAAUCAAGAGGUGAUUCAAAGAUGCAACAACCAAAUCAGAGAGACCCAGACCAACAUCGAGUAUCUCCGAGACACCUUGGAUAAGCUCUCUAUGCAGCAGGAUACUGUGGAGACUUCGGGAGAUGAACGUCAAAGGCACCGCGGCUCGUCCGUGCUGAAACCUUUGUACUCUAGAUUUGAUCUUAUCAAGUACAAUUGUCCAUCUUUGGGCCACAAGAUCCAAUACAUGCUCCAACAACUCCAGUUUAAGUUGCAAGUUGAGAACCAGUAUCGCGAGGCAAACGAGAAAAUAUCGCAUUUGUACUUAAUGGAUGGCGACAAGCCCUCUUCAAAUGCAGCCGAAGGCGGUAAGUUGGACUCUGAUUACCGUAUCCAACUUCUCAACAAAUCUUUGAGAAAGUACCAGGGCAUGCACGUCAACGUUGAAGAGAUUAACCGUGACUUGGAGAUUAUGAAUAUCCCCAAAUUUGCCCGUAAAUCGUUAACUGGUCGUAUCACAAUCAAUGUUGUCUGUAUUCGUGAUAUUGACCAUAUUGCGCUGCCAAUGUCUCACAAGAGGGCAGAGUCGUUUGUCUCUUUCAAGAUUGAUGAUGUGGAAAAAGCGCGUACCAGUGACUCACGCACUGGCAAAUUCAAUGAAGACUUUGUUAUUGAAGUUGACAAGGCUCACGAAAUGGAAAUUGCGGUCUACGACAAGUCCAACAACCAGCGCAUACCAGUGGCCUUAACCUGGAUUUUACUUUCGGAUAUUGCUGAAGAGAUCCGUAAAAAGAAAGUUGCCAACGAACAAGUCACAGAGGGUUGGAUGCCAGCCUCCAGUAUUUCUCUGCCUUCUCAUGGUUCUGCUCAUGCAAAUAUGACACUGGCAAAUACUCCAAAUAUAGAAGGAGUCAUGGAUACUGCUAGUUCAAGCUCGAAUAAGAGCCCCAAGAAUGUUCAGAUUAGCUCAUGGGUCAACCUUGAACCCGUAGGACAGAUUCUCAUCAACUUAUCCUUUGAAAAAUCUCAGGCCCUAGGCCACGCAACUUUCAUGGAUGCUCUUGGACGUCAUGGCGCGAUUCGUCAAAAGAAGGAAGAAGUUUAUGAACAACAUGGUCAUCAGUUUGUGCAAAAGCAGUUUUACAAUAUUAUGUGCUGUGCACUUUGCGGAGAAUUCUUGCGUUACACGGGGUUCCAAUGCCAAGACUGCCGUUUCCUAUGUCAUAAAAAGUGCUACCAAAAAGUUGUGACUAAAUGUAUAUCAACUUCAGGAACGACUCUGAAUGACGAAGCUAAGUUGAAUCACCGUAUUCCUCACCGUUUUGAACCCGUGUCUAACCGUGGAACAAAAUGGUGCUGUCACUGUGGCCAUAUAUUGCCAUGGGGAAGAAAGAAUGUUCGCAAGUGUUCCGAAUGUGGAGUUAUGUGUCAUUCUCAAUGUACCCAUUUGGUUCCAGAUUUUUGCGGCAUGUCGAUGGAAAUGGCGAAUAAAAUCUUGGCCACUAUAAAAUCAACAAAGCAAGCUCCUCGAAUUGCACAACAACCGAAGAGCUCAUCACUGGCCCCAGAGGUUCCUCCUAAAUCCGCAUCAGUGUCGCCACAGAAACCAAGGCAAACAGGUUACGAAACUCUGUACUCUAAUGCUCAAGCCGAAUUCCCGCAAACUCAGGAUCCGAGGGUAAGAGGAGCUUACAACAAUGUUGCUGAGUAUGAGGACGAAACCCAUGCUACAAAAUUGCCUACAACAAUCAGAAAUGAAUUUCAACCCGCAGUGGAUUCUCCAUACACGAGACAUGCAACUAGACGGCCACCUCCGCAGCAAGAAGUUGAAGAGCUCAUGCCAUCACAGGAUGUAGAUGAUAUUCUGACACGUCAUGACUACACAUUUGUCUCAAACAGAUCUGACGAUUUUGAGCAUGUUCCACAGAGGACACCAAUCGAUCAUCCCCAGAAUAAUCCAUUUGAUAUUGAUCAAGAGCAGCAAACUGUAUUUGAUAAUUUUGAUUAUCACAAUCAGUCGCUGGCUAUCACACAAGUCUCUUCAGCGCAAGAAAAUGUUUUUAUGGAACCACCUCACGAAGCUCAGAUACGUCAACAGGAAGAACACCAUAGCAGCCAUCGCACGCACAGAUCGAAGCGCCGGAGAAGAAUUGGAUUGGAUGACUUUCAAUUCCUUGCUGUUUUGGGUAAAGGAAACUUUGGUAAAGUCAUGUUAGCUGAAUCCAGGACAACCCAAAAGUUAUGUGCGAUCAAGGUGUUAAAGAAAGAUUUUAUUGUGGAGAACGAGGAAGCUGAAAGUGUUAAAACUGAGAAACGUGUCUAUUUGACAGCGAACAAGGAAAUGCACCCAUUCUUGUUGAAUUUGCACUGCUGUUUUCAAACAGAGAAUAGAAUCUAUUUCGUCAUGGAGUAUAUUUCGGGAGGUGACUUGAUGUGGCACAUUCAGAAAUCGCGCUUCUCUGCUAAAAGAGCUAAAUUCUAUGCUUGUGAAGUCUUGUUGGCUUUGAAGUACUUCCACGAUAAUGGCAUCGUCUACCGUGAUUUGAAAUUGGACAAUAUUUUAUUAACCACUGAGGGUCAUAUCAAGAUUGCGGAUUAUGGUUUGUGUAAAGAGAACAUGUGGUAUAAGAGUACAACAGGCACAUUCUGCGGUACACCACAGUUCAUGGCACCCGAGAUCAUUGCUGGUAAACCGUAUGAUCGUUCCGUUGAUUGGUGGGCUUUCGGUGUGCUCAUGUUUCAAAUGUUAUUAUGCCAAAGUCCUUUCAAAGGAGAAGAUGAAGAUGAUAUUUUCAAUGCUAUUGAACAUGACGACGUGAGAUAUCCAAUCAGCAUGCCUCGGCAGACUGUUCUUGUAUUGCAGGCAUUGUUGACCAAGGAUCCUGCCGAACGACUUGGUAGUAGUGAGAGAGAUGCUUUAGACAUCAUGGAGCACCCCUACUUCCAAGAUGUUAAUUUUGAUGAUGUACUUAACAGAAGAAUUCAACCACCAUACUUGCCAGAACUCACAAGUGAACAUGAUUACUCGAAUUUUGAUCAAGAGUUCACGUCUGAGACACCAAGAUUGACUCCAGUGGAAACUGUCUUGACAUCAGAAAUGCAAGAGCAAUUUCGCGGAUUCUCUCACAUUGCUGAUGAUGCUCCUGUCUGA